CCUAGUGACGUAAUGACGUGUGGCGCUCAGGAAGCGGGGAGGCCCCGAGUGGCCAGCUUCGGAGCCGGAGACCGGGUCCUUGAGUAACGGGCCCGGGUACCGUGCUAUUUUAGUCAGUGGAUAAUUAAAGCUUAGUAAGGCCUUGCUUUCAGAGGUCAUUGAUUUGAGGGCAAAGGCCAUAGACCGCCGUCUUGGGAAACAACGGUUGUUUGGGUCUCGAGUCCGAGAAAUGGACUGUACGGAGAGCUAGAUACAGGGACCGGGUGCAGCAGACCAGACUGUUUGAGAGGCACUGAGUGUCCUCCUUACCGGUAGUCUUGGGGCAGGUGGAUGCCACUGAUAACCUCACCCUAAAACCGGGACGUCAGGGCAAGAUUCGUGUACGUUGGUGCCAGUCUGUUAAGAAGCACAGCUCGUGCACUUUGCCAUGGAGGGAAUGGACGUUGAUCUUGAUCAAGAGCUGAUGCAAAAGUUCAGUUGUCUGGGAACCACAGAUAAAGAUGUUCUCAUUUCUGAGUUCCAGCGGCUCCUCGGCUUUCAACUUAAUCCUGCCGGUUGUGCGUUUUUCUUGGACAUGACAAACUGGAAUCUACAGGCAGCCAUUGGGGCAUAUUAUGAUUUUGAAAGCCCUAAUGUCAACAUCCCAUGCAUGUCAUUUGUAGAAGAUGUAACUAUCGGGGAAGGAGAAUCUGUACCUCCCAAUACCCAAUUCACAAAAACUUGGAGAGUGCAGAACACAGGAUCUGAAGCUUGGCCACCUGGUGUAUGCCUGCGUUAUGUUGGAGGUGAUCAGUUUGGACAUGUGAAUAUGGUAUUAGUACGCUCUCUAGACACCCAGGAAAUGACAGAUGUCAGUGUGCCAAUGUGCAGUCCCAAUCAGCCUGGCAUGUACCAGGGACAGUGGAGAAUGUGUACUGCUACUGGUUUAUAUUUUGGAGAUGUGAUUUGGGUUAUACUCAGUGUGGAGGCUGGUGGCCUCCUAGGUGUCACUCAGCAACUCUCAUCCUUUGAAACAGAGUUCAGCACUCAGCCACAUCGCAACCUUGGUGGAGACUUCAACCCCUUUGCUUCACCUCAGAAGAGUCGUUCUACAGAAGGAGAAAACAUGAGUACCUGGACAUCUGAAACAGAGACUCCUGAAGGAGAACAGAAUGGACUUUCUCAGACAUCUGUAAAUAUAUGUGCAACUGAUCAUCAAACUAACCAUUCUGUAGCAACGUAUAGAGAGGGUGUGCACGGGCCUUACCCCUUUGGAGAUUCCUAAAAGAAGCUUUAUUUUUCUUGAAUGUCUUUUGUUCUUUUCCCACACCCAGAAAUGGGAUAUCUUCUGCAAGAUACCUAGUGAAGAUUAUUGGGGGUAGUGGCAUUAUUGACCAUGUGAAUUGAAUUCUGGGUGCUGCCUUUCUUUGUCCUGAAGAGGGUUGUUGAGUUUUGUUGCACAGACUAUACACACCAACCCAGAAAAGUGGGUAAAAUUGUAUAAAAGUCAGAUGCAGGAUAUGUAUAAUUCUAAAACAACGGUUUCAAGUCGCCUAAUGCAAAAGUACCAACAAUUUGAUCAUUUAUUCUCGAAGUUAAGUAUUUGCACAUAUAAGUCAGUCAUCCGGUAAGAUGAUCGUUAAAGGGGUUGAAUGGCCUUUACUAAGUGAUAGCUUAUCCUUAGGAUACGCUAUCACUAGCUGAUUGGUGUGUAACUCCAUUGUCAGACUCUCGCCAGUCAGGUAGUGGUGGCCUAUCAUGAGGAAUGGUUAGGCUUCAGUUAAUUGUAGAUCAGAAGUUGAUUAGUUAAAAAAAAAACUUUAAUGUCAAUGCUGUUUCUGUACAGCAUUAAAAUGUAUUGGCUCUGUGGAGCCAAACUUCAUUGUGCCCGAAUUCACACGAGACUUCAGUGAAUUACUACUGAAUUCAUAUC